AAAGAAGCGAAGAAGAAGAAACAGGAGCUACUUGUUUGUGGCGUAAACAAUCAGAUUUGGUCACUUUCUAACUGUUUCACUGCUCACAGUGGGUAAUAGCGACCUGGCACUAGCCUGCAGUAAAUUUGCCAAAUUGUAUCAGUAGUUUGGCGCUUCUGACUGUAUGUUAAGAAAUAUUAAGUUGCUGCUGGGCAGCUAAACCGUCCGCUAACAAAGCGUCCUAACCGCGUUAGAGGGUAUUUCUUGUGUAAUUGCUUUUGAAAAGUGGUGUUAACCGAGCUACAGCCAUUAUAAAGUGUGCUAACGUAACAGCCACCUGAAUCCAAUCAAUUGCGGUCACACGGCGACAGUGGGGCAGGCGUUUCUCUGAGCUGUUAACUAUCAGCUGCGUAAAGUUGGCUGAUAAAUACGUGCACAGCUCAAACACGCUCAUUUCAGACGGAGACGAGACGUGUUUGUUUGAGCCUGAGGAAGAAACGACAUGCAGACUGCGGUGAAACAAAACCUUCACGCAGAGAGUGAAGCAGACGUCAACAAACUCAUCAACCUGAAGUUACAUGCAUCCUACACCUACCUUGCCCUGGGGAUGUAUUUUGAUAGGGAUGACCUUGCAUUGCCAAACUUCUCCAGUUUUUUCCUUGAGCGCUCAGAAAAGGAGAGGGAACAGGCUGAGAAGCUGUUGGAGUAUCAGAACAUGAGAGGAGGCCUAAUUUUGCUUCAGACCAUCUCUAAACCAACCAAAGAAGACUGGAAAGGUGGUCUGGAUGCAAUGGCCUUUUCCCUGGAAUACCAGAAAACCUUAAAUGCACGUAUCCUUGAUGUGCAUCGCAGAGCUGGCAAUCAUACCGACCCCCAUCUCUGUGACUUUCUUGAGCAGCACUUCCUCAUCGACAGCCAUGAUACCAUCAAGAAGCUGGGCGAUUACAUUGGCAGUCUGACCCGCAUCACUGCAGCUGAGACCCACGGCACUAUGGGAGAAUACCUGUUUGACAGGCACACUCUGUAAAGGUCCUGGCAGCACAGUGACACACGGCCCUCAUUUCUAAAUAUCCAUAGACACACAAGGCAAUAAUCCACACUGUGCAUUCUUUUCCAUUAAGAAACCC